UUCGUUUUGGACUUCCGGUAGGAGGCGCUAUAAAUGAUGCGUUCGAUUGUGUUUUUGGUAUCAGUAUUCGUACAGCUCUUCUAUCAACACAACAUCCAACCAAUCCAACUAAAAUGAAGUUCUUCAUUGCAAUCAUGGCUGUGGCGUUCGUCGCUGCCUCGGAGGCGUCCUACCUGCCAUACGAUGAUGUCCUGUCCUACCAGCACGGCUACGGCUAUGGACUUCCGGUGUCGAAGGUGGUCUAUGGCUCGUCGUACGGUCUCCCAGCAGCGGUGGACAAGUACUCCUACCCAUCAUCGUUGUACGGUUCCUAUCCGGCCGUGAAGAAAGUGGUCGAAUACCCGUCGGUUGCUCCAGUGCUGGCCACCAAGGUCGUUGAUAACAGCUACGAUCUGGGAUACAACAAGCUGGUCGCUCCAGUUCUGAGCAGCGGAUACGGUCUGGGAUACAACAAGCUGGUCAGCGGAUACGGUCUGGGAUACAACAAGCUGGUCGCUCCCGUCGUCGCCACCAAAGUCGUCGAUAAUGGACUGUGGAACUAUGGAGGAUACGGUCUGGGAUACAACAAGUAUCUGUCGACUGCUCCCGUUGCCAAAUACGUGUUGUAAAUGUAGAUAAUAUUGUUUUAAUAAACCGGCUCCGAUUCAUGACGUGUGAAUGUUAACCCAA